AUGUUCUCUGUUCGUGCUCUCCUUAUCGCUGCUACGGCUGUACUCGUCGGCUCCGCUACUGCCAACGAGGCCGCGGGGGCUGCCAAGCUGCCGGUCUUCUUCUUCCACGGCGCCACGGGCAACACUACCAAUGGUGCCGUGAUUGAGGCCAACCUGACGGCCGAAGGACGCACCUACACCGCACUCAACUUCUGCUCUAACGAGUGCUCCGUCCGUACCGCUCUGUCCGAGCAGGUGCAGAUGGCCAUCAAGCAAGUGCGUGAGAUCAUCGCCAAGGAUACUGCCGCCUACGCCAACGGUUACCACUUCUUGGCUCAUUCGCAAGGUGGGUCGGUCGCUCGUGGCGUCAUCGAGGAAAUGGACGACCACAAUGUUCACUCGUUUAUCAGCAUGGCUGGUGAUGGUAAUGGCAAUUUCUUCGGCCCUCAGGCUUCGGAUGCAGUUCCUCUUCAGGUUCUGCUGCAGGCGUUGGGCCCGUAUGCCAUCGACAAGGCCGAUUUCGACUUCGCCAAGUACGAGGCUGAUUCCACUACCUGGAAGGGUAAAUUCCAGCGCGACCUGGUGGAGCUGGUGACCACGAACGAGGCUCUUCAAGGCAAGAGCUCGAUCGCCAAUAUCGUCACGCCUCCUCUGGACAAGGCUGCGUUGACCAACUGGCUGAGCAUCAACCCGUUCCUCCCCAAGAUGAACAACCUGCAGGACUGUGGCACCGAUGCUACUUGCACGGCCGACCAGAAGCGUCGUAAGGAGAACUUCGUGAAGCUCAAAGCAGCUCACUUCUUCGCUUCGCCUCAAGAUGAUAUCCAGGCACCGUGGCAGAGCUGUGUGCUGGGCAAGUACACGACGGUCGCUACGCUUGAUGAAGUUGAGACCAAGUUCGCUGACCUCACCAUCGUCGGUAUGAAGGAUACUGUCGAGUACACGGACGAUUUGUACGGUCUGAAGACCUUGGACACUGCCGGUGGCCUCCACAUUCAUGAGGUGGCCGAUGUGCCGCACAACUGCUGGCUGUUCGACUACACCUCGCUCGCAACGGAUGUGGCUUGCAAGCACGCCCCCGUGUACGAUGCUGAGAUCUACCCUCUGCUUGUGUAAGGCUGCAGUGUGGAAGCCAUGUUCUAAACCUAUAAAGCGCAAAUUGUUCCAGUAUAAAUUCUGUAGUCGAGGCUUCUGGAAUCAAGAUCGUGUAUCGGUCAUUGAUGAUAAAUCUCUUUUUUUAGCAGAUCGUAUCGACACCCA